AUGGCCCAAGACACAUUGCUGAGAGAAGGGCUGUUGGACGCCAGACCAAAGCCCGCCGCCAAUAAGACGAAAUCGCCCUUUUCUCUCGCUGCUAAGAAGUAUGGGUAUAGUAGGAUAGCGAAGGGGACGAAGGCAAGUCGGAAGCCCGGAUCUGGGUGGAAAGCUCAGGCUGAAGCAUUCGUUCAAAAUCUCUACCGGAGAGUUGUUUUGGAAACAAUUCUUCGUCGCAAACCAUUGCCGCCCUCCAAAGACGGGCGUCAUAUUCCUCUUAACCCAUCGGGCGUCGAUCCCGGUGGCCUCAUAGAUGAACGCAGUAACCAACCUUACAUUAGCAACUUUAUUCGUUCCAGCCGCUACACAGUCUACGAUUUUGUCCCGAAGCAGCUUGUCUUUCAGUUCAGCAAGCUUGGAAACUUUUACCUCCUUGUUAUGGGCAUUCUUCAGGUAAUUCCUGGCCUGAGCACUGUUGGAAGAUGGACAACAAUUGCCCCACUGGCCGGCUUCGUAGCCUUUAGCAUGGCCAAAGAAGGCUAUGAUGACUACCGGCGGUAUCAACUCGAUAAGGCGGAGAAUCGCAGCAUGACCUGGGUUUUGGCCCAUGGCGUAAGAGAAGGGAAAGAGAGGCCACGAAUGUCGGUAUGGAAAAAUGUAAUGAAGAGAAAAAGAAAAGGCAAUAAGAAACGACUCGGAGCAGAUGAGGACGAUGUUAUUCUGCAAGACAUUGAAGAAGGGACCCUUGCCAGAUUGGACGAGACGAACGACUGGAUGUAUGUGCAGUGGCAACAUGUCCAAGUAGGAGACAUUGUACGCCUCCGUCGCGACGAACCAGUACCCGCCGAUAUGGUCGUGCUUCAUGCUACAGGGCCGAACGGCGUCGCAUAUAUCGAGACAAUGGCGCUGGAUGGCGAGACUAACCUUAAAGCUAAACAGGCCUGUCCUCUGCUUGCAGAUAGAUGUGACACAGUAGACGGGCUCCGGUCGGCUCAUGCUACAGUGGUAUCCGAGGAUCCCAACCUCGACUUAUACAAUUAUGUUGGAAGGGUUACCAUCGACAGCGGCGAAACCGUACCACUAUCGUUGAGCAAUGUCGUCUAUCGAGGCUCCAUACUGCGAAAUACUACAAUGGCUAUCGGACUUGUGAUCAACUCGGGCGAGGAAUGCAAAAUCCGCAUGAACGCGAACAAGCACGUGCAUGCCAAAAAGCCGGCAAUGCAGUCUACAAUUAACAAAAUGGUCCUUGUUCAGAUUUCCAUUGUUAUCUCUCUCGCCGUUGGAUUGACUAUUGGAUAUUAUAGAUGGCACAGCGACACAGAAGAAGAAUCUUUCUACCUCGUCAAUGUUCCCUUAUACGACGCAAGCGUACCGUUUAAGCAGAUUUUCUUUGGGUUCUUGAUAAUGUUUAACACAUUGAUUCCGCUAUCGUUGUACAUUAGCUUGGAAAUUAUCAAGAUCGGACAGCUCUUCUUGCUGCAGGACGCGGAUAUGUAUGAUCCGGUCACGGAUACUCCCAUGAUAGCCAAUACCACGACCAUUUUGGAGAAUCUUGGUCAGGUGAGCUAUGUGUUUUCGGACAAAACGGGGACUUUAACAGAGAACUUGAUGCGGUUUCGGAAAUUGAGCGUUGCUGGUGUUGUUUGCCUUCACGAUAUGGAUACACAGGAUGAUGGGACGGCCAAGAUGAAGUCUCAAGCAAAGGGAAAGCAGCCUGUUUGGACGACAUCCAUGAUGAUGAGCCAAGGGGAGGGUGACGAGAUGGGGCAGACGAACUUCUCUGGACAGGUAACGGAUCUGCAUAACGCAACUCCUGACAUGAAAACCGAAGAGCUACUUGACUACAUCCGUCGGCGGCCCAACACCCCCUUUUCUCUUAAGGCCAAAUUUUUUUUGCUUUGUAUAGCCCUAUGCCAUACUUGUUUACCGGAGACCAACGAAGGCGGAGAUAUCGACUACCAGGCCGCAUCCCCUGACGAGCUGGCCCUUAUCGAGGCGGCACGGGAUCUGGGGUACGUGCUCAUCGAUCGACCAGCUCAAUCCAUCAAGCUGCAGAUUCAAGGUAUAGAUGGGGCGCUACAGACGGAAACGUAUCAAGUAUUGGACGUGAUUGAGUUCAGCAGCAAAAGAAAGCGAAUGUCUAUUAUUGUUAGAAUGCCUGACAACCGAAUUUGUGUCUUUUCCAAAGGUGCGGAUAACGUUAUAAUGUCUCGUCUCAGGCUUAAUCAAGUGGCUGCACAAAAGGUCAAGGAUGUCAAUCGCCGAGCAAGCGUGAGGAAAACGUUUGAACAGGACAAAGCAAUUAGACGCAUGAGCACUCAAAUCAUUAGGAAGUCUUCUAUUCGCAAUAGCUUUGGUUUAGCCCGAAGUAAAUCAAGCGCUGGACUCGAAGGUCUAAGAAGAAGCAUGAGCAGGCGGUCUGCAGAUAUUAAUCGGCUCUCACAGGCCGAAGGCGUCGCCUCGUGGCUGCAUAGGCGGAAUACAGAAGAAAUGGUGUCCCCUCGGCCUUCGAUUGAUAUCCUACGGAGCCCGAGACAGAGUUUGGGGCGCAUGCCAUCGUUCGACUAUAGGGAUUAUUCUGGCGAGGAUGAUAACAGAAUAGACGAAUUAGUGGCCGCUGAUGAAGCGAUGAUAUUUGAAAAGUGCUUCCAACACGUGGACGACUUUGCCGCGGACGGGUUACGGACGCUAUUAUAUGCCUAUCGAUAUAUUGAUGAAGAGACCUAUACACAGUGGAAAAAUCAGUACAAAGAGGCAGAAACGAGCUUAGUUGAUCGCCAGGAACGCAUUGAAAUAGCAGGCGAGAAAAUCGAAGAGGAGUUUGAGCUUGCUGGAGCUACAGCCAUUGAAGAUAAGCUCCAGGAAGGGGUCCCGGAAACCAUUGACAAGCUGAUGCGUGCGAACAUUAAAGUCUGGAUGCUCACAGGCGAUAAGAGAGAAACUGCCAUAAAUAUUGGGCACUCAGCGCGAGUUUGCAAACCGUUUUCGGAGAUUUACAUCUUGGAUGCUUCCAAGGGGAAAAUACAAGAUGCCAUAACGACGACACUUACUGAAGUCGGACGAGGCAUGGUACCUCACUCGGUUGUUGUUGUAGAUGGACAGACACUGGCCGUAAUCGAUGCCGAUGAUGAUCUUGCUGCUUUAUUCUACGAUCUGAUUGUACGGGUUGACUCUGUCAUUUGCUGCAGGGCGUCGCCUUCUCAGAAAGCUAAUCUGGUCAAAUCCAUACGACGAUUUGUGCCUGAGAGUAUGACUCUGGCAAUCGGCGACGGAGCAAACGAUAUUGGCAUGAUUCAGGCUUCACAUGUGGGCAUAGGAAUUUCUGGGCGUGAAGGUCUCCAGGCGGCGAGGAUAGCCGAUUAUUCGAUUGCCCAGUUCCGGUUCCUUCAGAAGCUGCUAUUUGUGCACGGUCGAUGGAACUACAUCCGGACGGGCAAGUAUGUCUUGGCCACGUUUUGGAAGGAGACCUUCUUCUACCUCAUACAGGCACAGUUUCAACGGUUUAACGGCUAUACGGGCACUUCUCUCUACGAAUCAUGGAGCCUUACGCUUUUCAACGGCGCGUUCACGUCUCUGCCUGUGAUUUUGCUCGGUAUUUUCGACAGAGAUCUGCAGGCGUCGACCUUGCUGUCUGUGCCGGAGCUGUAUACUUUUGGCCAGCAGAGGCAAGGGUUCAACUUGAUGCAGUAUCUGGGCUGGAUGAUCCUGGCUGUUGCAGAGAGCUUUGUGACGUUUUACUUUAUGCUGGAGGCGUUUGAGAGCAUUCUGUUUACGGAAGACAAUGGACUGUAUGCGAUGGGGUCGAUAUGUUUCAGCGCUGGCGUGAUUUUCAUCAAUGUGAAGUUGCUGCUUCUCGAGUUCCACAGUAAAACGUUGAUUCCACUUAUUGGACUCGCUGUAGAAGUCACUGGAUGGUUUGUCUGGAAUUUAUUUCUAUCCGCCAUAUACCCUAGAACAGUUGGUCCUAUAUCGGUGAGGGAUGCGUUUCUACACACUUUCGGGGACCGACUUUCCUGGUGGACUACGCUGGUCCUCACGUUAGCCACCCUCAUAAUCAUAGAGUUGGCUGUGCAGGCUAUUCGCCGAGUAUACUGGCCCACCGACCAGGAUUUGAUGCAACGGAUAGAGAAGGAUGCCAACUCGAAGCAAAUAUUGAGACAGUACGCCGCCGAUGGAGCUGGAGACCUGGAAAGGGGAAAAGCUCAAGCACAGGGAAUUGAAUUGGAAGAAAUUAGACUACAGCCUGGUCUUCAGCGAGAGGAGGGGGUCACGCUACUGACGGAACGUGAGAGGAGUGUAGAGAGAAGUCAGAGCCCCCAGCCUAUCAGCGCAGUUUCGAGAAGAAGCUUCCAGGAUUUGGCUCCGAGAAGGUCGGUUAGGAUGAGCCACGAUGACUAUCGGCCGCCGAACUUUACGCCGCUGGCGGAAGAGAGGGAAAUUCCAUAUGAAGACGUUGAAGAAACAAGAGAGGGUGCGUGA